CUUGCGGGCGAGGCCCCCUCAGCCGGGCUGUCCGCGCGGUGCCUGCAGGCUGCGGCGGGGGGCCGGCCGGGUGCGAGGGAGCCGGGGCGAUGCUGGAAGAGGCGGGCGAGGUGCUGGAGUCGGUGCUGAAGGCCUCGUGCCUGCCGCUCAGCUUCCUGCUCUUCGUGCCGGCCGUGCUGCUGCUGCUGGGGCCGCCGCCCGCCGCCGAGGCCGCCCACGAGUUCACGGUCUAUCGCAUGCAGCAGUACGAGCUGGGCGGGCAGCCCUACGGCACCAGGAAUGCAGUGUUAAACACAGAGGCCCGCACUGUAGAGGCGGACGUGUUGAGCCGCCGCUGCGUGAUGAUGCGGCUAGUGGAUUUCUCGUAUGAGCAGUACCAGAAGGCUCUCCGCCAGUCAGCUGGGGCCGUGGUGAUCAUCUUGCCCAAGGCCAUGUCAGCGCUGCCGCAGGAUGUUGUCAGGCAAUUCAUGGAGAUAGAGCCAGAAAUGCUGGCCAUGGAAACCAUUGUGCCGGUCUAUUUUGCAGUAGAGGAUGAAGAGCUGCUUUCCAUCUAUGAACAAACACAAGUUGCUUCUACAUCACAGGGUUCAGCUUCAGCUGCUGAAGUUCUGCUGCACACGGCGACCGCCAACGGCUUCCAGAUGGUUACGAGUGGGGCUCAGAGCAAAGCUGUCAGUGACUGGCUCAUAACCAGCCUGGAGGGGAGGCUGACUGGUCUGGGAGGAGAGGACCUGCCCACCAUUGUAAUAGUUGCCCAUUAUGAUUCUUUCGGAGUGGCCCCAUGGCUGUCUCAUGGUGCAGACUCCAACGGCAGUGGCAUCUCUGGGCUACUGGAGCUAGCCAGGCUCUUUUCUCGACUCUACACCUACAAACGUACCCAUGCUGGGUAUAAUCUGUUGUUCUUUGCAUCUGGAGGCGGUAAAUUUAACUAUCAAGGAACCAAGAGGUGGUUGGAAGACAACUUGGAUCACACAGAUUCCAGUUUGCUGCAGGAUAACGUGGCGUUUGUUCUGUGCCUUGACACCCUGGGCAGAGGGAACAGUCUUCACCUCCACGUCUCAAAACCUCCAAAGGAGGGGACCCUGCAGCAUGCUUUUCUAAGGGAGUUGGAGAUGGUGGUCGCGAGCCAGUUUCCAGAAGUGAAAUUCUCCAUGGUGCACAAGAAGAUUAAUCUGGCUGAGGACAUGCUGGCAUGGGAGCAUGAGCGCUUUGCGAUCCGCCGCCUGCCUGCAUUCACCAUCUCCCACCUGGAGAGCCACCGGGAGGGCCUGCGCAACAGCAUCAUGGACUUGAGGUCACGAGUUGACUCUAAGACUCUAACCCGUAACACCAGGAUCAUUGCUGAGGCAUUGACUCGGGUCAUCUACAACCUCACUGAGAAGGGGGCACCUGCUGACCUGCAGAUCUUCACAGAGCAGAUGCAGAUCCAGCAGGAGCAGCUGGAGUCCGUGAUGGACUGGCUGACCAGUCAGCCCAGAGCGGCCCAGCUUGUAGAUAAAGACAGCACCUUCCUCAACACCUUAGAAUAUUACAUGAGCCGCUAUCUGAAGGAUGUCAAGCAGCAUCAUGUGAAGGCAGAUAAACGGGACCCUGAGUUUGUUUUCUACGACCAGUUGAAGCAGGUGAUGAACGCAUACAGGGUCAAGCCAGCAAUCUUUGACCUGCUCCUGGCUCUCUGUAUAGUAGCCUACCUCGGAGUUGCCUAUGUUGCAGUCCAGCACUUUGGUCUCCUUUACAAGACGGUACAGAGGUUAUCCCUUAAAUCCAAGCAGCAGUGAAGUGACAAAUCACCAACCCAUCGAGCAGCACUGAGCCACCGGUGAGCCCAGAAGGAGCUUCUGCCUUCCACUGGCUCCUGCCAUUUCUCCCUCUCUCCUCUAACCCUCCUGGAGGAAAGCAGAGAUUAACAGAACUUCCAACUCUUGUGCACCUUCUUUAGGUCUCCCCCCCCAACUUGCCCAUUUUCCUUCAUUUUGUGGCGAGGGAGAUGUGCAGAGACUUGGUCAGUCCCUGCCGAUUGUUUAAACACUGAAUGGCUGAUGUAAAGUUUCCGCCAAACAAGAGGUUUCUGUAAGUGUGAAGGUGCUGAACCUGGUUUCACAGACAUGUGCCAUACAACCAGCUUGGAGGCUGAAUCCACGGGGCGAAGGGACGGACAGCUCUGCCCACCCAACUGGACUCAGAGCACUCGUUUUUUUUUUUUUUUUUUUAAAUGUGCACAUGUAAAUUAAAAGAUAAUUAUUA